AUGCCUGUCAAUGUCGCCAGGCCCGGAUAUGUCACGACACAUGUUUGCUCAAAUCACGCUCGAGAUUCGGGAAGGGAUUUGACUUUCAAGAUUUAAUUAGUCAUAAUCCACACAGUCUCUUACGUAGUGGUAGCCUUGUUAUUAGUUUGCAAGUUUCUACUAGGAAGAAUGGAUUCUCUAAAAAACGGAUGGUUUAGUGAAUUGAGCCCCUUGUGGCCUGGCCAAUGUAUUUCUUUGGAAGUAGAAGAAGUCCUUCACCAGGAAAAAUCAGAAUUUCAAGAUAUUUUGGUCUUGAAAUCGAAAACCUAUGGCAAAGUUCUAGUACUAGACGGUGUAAUUCAGUGUACCGAAUUGGAUGAAUUUUCGUACCAAGAAAUGAUUUCAUUUUUGCCAAUCACUUGCCAUCCCAAUCCCCAAAAGGUCUUAAUUGUAGGUGGUGGAGAUGGAGGAGUUGCACGUGAACUAGUGAAGCAUCCUCUUGUGCAGUCUGUUGUUCAGUGUGAAAUAGAUGAAAGAGUAGUUGAAGUUUCUAAAAAAUUUCUUCCAUUUAUGGCCAAAGGAUUUGAGGAUUCUAAAGUCACUCUUCAUAUUGGGGAUGGAUUUGAAUUUAUUAAAAAUCAUCCUGCUGAAUUUGAUGUUAUCAUCACAGACUCAUCAGAUCCCAUAGGGCCAGCUGCUUCUCUGUUUCAAGAGAGUUAUUUUCAACUUUUGUGCCAAGCCUUGAAGCCAGGAGGAAUUGUUUGCUCUCAGGGAGAAAAUGCUUGGUUUCAUAGUCAUUUGAUUGCUCCAUUAUUAAAAAGUUGCACUGAAUUGUUUCCUGUUGUGGAUUAUGCCUAUACUUGCAUACCAACAUAUCCAGGUGGCCAAAUUGGAUUCAUAUUGUGCAGUACAAAUCCUGAGACACAAUUUCGAACUCCGAUUCAUCAAUUAUCCGAAGCUGAAUGUGAGAAAAUGCAACUACGCUAUUACUCUUCAGAAAUGCAUUCAGCAGCUUUUGUUGUACCUCGUUUCGCUCGAAAAGCACUCAUCAGUUUGCCUAAAGCUAAUGAAAAAGAAACACAUUAAAGUAAUUCCAAAAUACCUUGAAUUUAGUUGAUGGGUCUAAAUUUUUCGCACACUACUCUGGGGAAUUAGUUUUUUACUUAUAUUGGCAACUGCAACGUUUCCAAAACAGUUCGUAGUUUCGUACAUUCUGUAAAAAAGUUGCUAAGCUAACUCAUAUACGCUGAUAUGUUCAUUUAUAAUAAUUUUCUGCUUGGUACUAAACAAAAAAUACUUACUGCCGCUUUUUACUCUA